ACCAACCAUCACAACUCUCAUUCCUUGCACUCUGUCUUCGCCUUUAUCCUAUCUCUGGCUCUCUUCGGCAUGGGGAACUUCGCGUCCUGCACGCUGGCCAGGAUCCCCGGGGCGGCCAAGGACGUCAGGAUCGUGCUCCCCGAUGGCGGGCUGAGGCUGGUCAGGCCCCCGGCGACGGCGGCGGAGCUGAUGCUCGAGGCGCCGGGCCAUUUCCUGGCCGACGCGAGCGCGCUGCAGGCGGGGCGCCGGAUCGAGGCGCUUGCGGCUGACGAGGAACUCGAGCUCGGGGGAGUCUACGCCGCCUUCCCCAUGAAGCGGCUCGGCUCCAAGGCCGCGCCCGCCGACGUGGCGCGCCUGGCUGCCGUUUUCGCCAGGGAAGCUCACGUCCGGAGGCCUGCCUCGGCCAAGGUAGCGGCCAUCGUCGUGGCGCCGCCUGAGGUGGCUUCCGUUGCCGCCGAGGCGGACCUCGCGCCGGUCAGGGCGCCGCGGUUGGAUGAGAUGGCCGUGGACGACGAGGCGGCUGCGGCGGAGAUCGGGGAGCUCAAGCAACAGAUUAGCGGCAGUCGCCUGUCGAGGCGGCGACCGACGUUGGAGACCAUACAGGAGGAGAGCUACGCCGCACUAGCAUGCUAAUGCUACAAGUCAAGUGGCCAUCUAACAAACGGUUAACAUUUGAGAAAGCAUAGGCUUUCCUACACCCCCUUAUCUAGCCACUUAUUUUUUCAUCGCGAUUCGUGCGAGUAUAUUUGUCUUUUUUGUUUCUCCCAUAUAGAACAACAUAUGAACUUCAAACUUGGCAGCUCAACAAAACAUUCUUAUUAGAAUGUGGGAAAAAAACUUUUAGAAUUUUUUGUGCAAUAUAAAUACUAAAAAGUACAUUUUUUAAUAAAAAAAAUCUAAUUUCGUAUAUUUAUGUUUAACGAAACAAUCUGAAAGUUUUUUCUCACAUUCUAGUUAGAACGUUUUGGUGUCUUGCAAAGUUUGAAGUUCAUAUGUUGUUUUAUUUUGAAGAAACAAAAAAGAGAAAAUCUAAUGUACAAAGUUGGUUGUCUAGCACAAAUCUUAAAGCAAUGUUGGAGGGUAAGGAUAAGGAGUGUCCAGAAACCUGAGCUGUAAAAAUCCGCGUCCUCUAACAAACCGAGAGAUGGCAAAGGCCUUCUCUCGUAUUCUUUUAUCCCCUUUUUUAACCACGUGUAAAUUUGCUGCCUCCCUUUUUAUGUAUUUUUGAGCGAUGGAAGGGCCAUUGAACCCAAAAAAUAUGAUGGACAAUUGAUUAAUGAAUCAAGGAGAUCCAACAUUUUCUUUUA